AUGGCUUCCCUCCAAGACCUCGCGAACCCGCCCACCGAUGCCGAAACACUCGAACUCUUCACGCCCAGCACAGAAGCCAUUGCCGAGAUAGAACGAAGCAUAUUCGACCAUCCCCUCACGAAGUCGUUAUUGGAAGACCCCAAAUACAUUGCGUCAAGGCCGCAUCUCAAGAUACCAGAGGGACUGAGAGCGCAGAACCUGACGGGAGGCACACUCCUCGGCCCCGACAAAAUCGCCGUUCCCCCAAUCCAAUUCAGCACAGCCGACGGCUCUGAAUUCGUAUCACUGCAGUACUUGGGAGAAGCGCUGUGCGGCCACCCUGGAAUCGUCCACGGCGGCCUACUAGCCACACUCCUCGACGAAGGACUAGCACGAUGCUGUUUCCCCGCUUUGCCAAAUAAAGUGGGUGUAACGGCGAGUUUGAAGAUCGAUUACAAGGCGCCGUGUAUGGCGGGGCAGAUUGUGGUUCUACGGGCGGAAACGACAAAGGUUGAGGGCAGGAAGGCGUGGGUUAAGGGACGGUUGAUGACGCUGGGGAGUGAGGAGAAGGAGGGUGUUGUGCUUACGGAGGCGGAGGCGCUGUUUAUUGAGCCGAGGCAGGCGGCGCAGAUGAAGAGGGUUGUUAAUUAG